AUGUAAUGAAACUUAACGAACACAAUGAAACUUAAAUUAAAAAACCGAACCAAACCGAAGCUUCAUGGACAACCCACGAAUGAGACGAAUUCAAAUUGGAACUCUUGGACUGACGGUGUCUGCUCUCGGACUUGUGGAGGAGGUGUGGUAAAGUCUACAAGAACGUGUGUGGACAGAAGCAAUAAAGGUUGCCUUGGAAACAAAGUGAAGUACACAUCUUGCAAUACCCAGGAUUGUCCAGAUGACACCGAUUUCCGGUCAAUCCAGUGUGCUGACUUCAAUCAAAAGCCUAUCAAAGACGUUUACUACGAAUGGGUCCCAUAUCUUGGCGAUGAUGCUGACAGAUGUGCCUUGGUGUGUUCAGCUGUGAACGGAACCUUGCGCCAAACCAUGAAGGACAAGGUCGUGGAUGGCACACCGUGUAAUGCACAUGGCACAGAGGUGUGUGUGGAUGGCACAUGUAAGAGCGUUGGCUGUGAUCGAGUACUAGGGUCUUCCAAAGUAGAGGAUGCUUGCAGGAUCUGUGGAGGUGCAGGAAAGCACUGCAAGACAGUCAAGAAGUCUGUGGAAACCACUAAACUCAAGAACGGUUACAAUGAUUUCCUGGUUAUUCCGAGGGGUGCCACCAAUAUUCUGGUGAAAAAUCGAAAGGAUUCUGAGAACCAUUUUGGUGUCCAGAGGCGUGUGGUAAUGUGUUACGAUAUGUACGAUAGGAAAAAUGUCCCAGAGAGAUGUGACCGUGCCACCAGACCCGCUUCCACCAAGUCCUGUCAAGUGAGCUGCAAUAUUAAAAUUCGCUGGGUUGAAACUGGAUGGACAGAAUGUAGCGAAACCUGUGACGGGGGUCAGAUGGCCUCUAUUGUGAAGUGCAUGGAGCGAUCAGGGGACAGGGAGAGGCAGGUAUCCUGCUGGGAGACUCUCUACGGAUGUUGCCCAGAUCGAAGGACAGCUGCUGAAGGACCGGGCCACGCCGGAUGUUCCACCCCAACCAGUUGUGUCGACAGUCACUAUGGCUGCUGCCCUGACCGCGUAAGUUAUGCACGUGGCCCCAACUAUGCUGGCUGCCCUGGUUGUCAGAACACUGACUAUGGAUGUUGCCCCGAUGGGGUGACCACAGCUGAAGGCCCAAACUAUGCUGGCUGCUUCGCAGGGACGACUAGAUCAGAUCACUGUUCCUUAGAACACGACCGUGGUACCUGUUCUGACUACUCCCAGAAGUGGGGCUACGACCAUGAGACUAGAAGGUGCAAACAGUUCUGGUACGGUGGUUGCGGUGGAAACAAGAACAGGUUCGACGACGAAAGAGACUGCAUGGAAGCCUGCCGUGAUCACAGCAGGAGAACCCACCCUCACACUAGGCCAACACCCCGCCCCACCCGGCCACCAGUCACAGGUGGAAAUGUGGACUGCUCUGCAGAACCAGUAGCUGGCUCCUGUUCUGACUAUGCACAAAAGUGGACCUAUGACACAGCUACUGGAAGAUGUAAGCAAUUUUGGUAUGGUGGUUGUGGAGGAAAUACGAACAGGUUCGACGAAGAAAGGGACUGCAGGAUAGCUUGUCAAGACCGCAGGACUCGACCCAGCCCUCAUUACACACGAAGACCCGAGGUAACCGCAAGGCCAACCCGUGCCCCAGUGACAGGAGGAAGUGUACACUGCUCUGCAGAACCAGAUCGUGGCACCUGUUCUGACUACGCACAAAAGUGGGCCUUUGACACAGAAACUAGAAGAUGCAAGCAAUUUUGGUAUGGUGGUUGUGGAGGAAAUACAAACAGAUUCGACGAGGAAAGGGACUGCAUGGUAGCUUGUCGGGAUUACAGGACUCCAUCCGUCACCCACACUCAUACUCAUCGCACCCGAAGACCAACACCAGAAGUAACUCGUGCCCCAGUUACAGGUGAUGUCUGUUCCCUAGAACACGACCGUGGUACCUGUUCUGACUACGACCAGAAGUGGGGCUACGACCCUGAGUCUCGAAGGUGCAAACAGUUCUGGUAUGGUGGUUGUGGAGGAAACAAGAACAGGUUCGAUGACGAAAGAGAUUGCAUGAUAGCCUGCCGUGAUCACAGGGGACCAGUAACCGCUAGACCUACAACAAGAAGACGAGGAUGUCAAGACACCCGUUAUGGAUGCUGUGAUGAUCGCCAAACAGCUGCACAGGGUCCGGACAAGGAAGGAUGUCCUGAAAGAACUUGUGCUGUUUCCAGAUAUGGCUGUUGUCCCGACGGAGUGGCAUUUGCUCGAGGUCCCGAAUAUGAGGGUUGCCGAGUUGUACGAAGGGGUUGUGAAGCUACCCAAUACGGUUGUUGUGAAGAUGGUGUCACAGCCGCCAGUGGCCCCGAUAGAUAUGGAUGCCCAGAGAGAGGCUGUGCUGAUUCCAGAUUCGGCUGUUGCCCAGAUGGAACCACGUUCGCCCGUGGUCCCGAUUACAAGGGAUGUCGUUUGGUACUAGGCGGAUGUGCUGGUACACGAUACGGAUGUUGUGCUGAUGGCGUAACAGCAGCCAGAGGCCAAGAUAGACUUGGCUGUCCAGAGAGACAGACAUGUAGCGAUUCUCGAUAUGGAUGCUGUCCUGAUGGAGUACGAUCUGCACAUGGACCAAACUACCAUGGAUGCGAACCUCGUCACGUAACAGAAAGUGACUGCACUUCUAACAAGGACAGUGGCACUUGCAGAGAUCAUGCCAUCAAAUGGUUUUUUGAUAGAGCUAGCUCAUCUUGUCAGCAAUUCUGGUAUGGUGGUUGUGGAGGCAAUGGUAAUCGUUAUGAUACAGAAGAAGACUGUCGGCGUAAAUGUCACCAUCGAGUAGGGAGCCAUGUGGCACUAACAACUCCAUCAGUAGCAGAUGAUGUGUGUAAACUGCCAAAAGCUGUCGGAAACUGUCGGGCCAGGAAACUACGAUGGUACUUCGACCACGAGACAGUGAGUUGUCAGAAAUUCCACUACACUGGUUGUCAUGGAAAUGGCAACAACUUCAUAAGUGAGCAGCAAUGUGUUCAUCGCUGUUUUGCACCAAAUCCCAUCAUCCAGUUCACAGUGCCACCCAAUGAGAAGGAACUUUCCAGAGAUCCCUUGGUGGUGUGUCAUUUGGGUGUCGACGCAGGGGCCUGCGAUGACCAGUUUGCCAUGUGGUACUACGAUGCUCAGGAAGGAGAAUGCAAACCUUUCAACUACACGGGUUGCUAUGGAAACAGCAACCGCUACAAAACAAAGCAGAGCUGCGAGGCUCUGUGCAACCGUGACACCGUGUGUAACUUCCCAGAAGCCUAUGGCCAGUGUAACUCCAAGCUGCGACGGUACCGCUACGACGAGGUGCAGAAGGACUGCAUACCGUUCCGCUACAGCGGCUGCAACGGUAAUGCCAAUAACUUCCACACGGCUGAAGCAUGUCGCAAGAAAUGCGGUGUCAUCUCGGAAGUUCCUACCACGACCGUUUCUCCAGAUGAUCCAACAGGAAUAUGCCAACUGAAGCAAGAUUCAGGGACAUGUUAUGCCUACAGCAAGCAGUGGUUCUUUAAUAUGGCAUCGAAACAGUGUGAAGAAUUUGCCUAUGGUGGAUGUGGAGGCAAUGCCAACCGAUUUGCUACUUUGGAAACCUGCCAGAAGGCAUGCCAACCGUUCCUUGGCAAACCCACGGUUCCGAUCAAGAAAGAGAAACCUACGGAUGUUUGCUCUUUACUUGAGAAACCAGUACUUUGUGACGCCAUCGGCCCAUCGUGGUACUAUAACAUGACAAGUGGUACUUGCCAAAAGGCACCACCAGGGUACUGCUUAAGUAACCGCAACUCUUUCAAAACAAAAGAAGCUUGCAAAUAUCUCUGCGACCCCAAAAUUCUCUGCCAGAUGCCCGCUGAACCAGGCCUGUGUUACGCCUAUAUGCCCCACUACUUCUACAACAAAGACACCAAACUGUGCGAGAGGUUUGUUUAUGGAGGAUGCGGGGGAAACGCUAACAGGUUCCCUACCGUUGACUCCUGUAUGGCCGUUUGCAAGCCAAAGGAGGAGAAAUUGCCCCUGACACCAUCAGAUAUCUGUUCUCUACCAAGAGAGACAGGAAUAUGUUAUGCUUACAGUGAUCAAUAUUACUUCGAUAUGGUUACAAGGACGUGUGAAGAAUUUGUGUACGGAGGUUGCGGAGGAAAUCCCAACCGUUUUCCCACCCUCCAAGACUGUCAGAAAUUCUGUUCCCAUUUUAUCGUAAAACCUUUCUCCACCACCGCCACCGCCACCACCACCAUUACCACCACCGUCCUAUCUUCCCCAGCACCAGCAGAUAUCUGUUUUCAACCAAAAGAGUCAGGGAUAUGUCUUGCCCACUUGAAACAAUAUUACUUCAAUAUGGUUACGAGGCAGUGUGACGAGUUUAUCUACGGUGGUUGUGGAGGAAAUACCAACCGUUUCCACAGUCUCCAAGAAUGCAAACAAUUUUGUUCUCCCUUUAUCAUAAAAGUGCCUUUCAGCACUACUCCUUCUCCUUCGGUGCCACCGAUAGAUGUCUGCCUGUUGCCCAAGAAAAAGGGACACUGUUACGCCUACAUUGAGCAGUUUUUCUACAAUGCACUGAAGGGUAAAUGUGAGAUGUUUGUGUAUGGUGGGUGUGCGGGCAAUGCCAACCGCUUUGCGACCUACGAAGAAUGUCGUCUUAGGUGUGGGUCACCGAUAGACAGGACCACACCCUUUAUUCUAUUCACCACUCCAACAACUACAAUGACAACAACAGAACUACGUGUUGUUUCCAAUAUGUGUUCUCUACCAAAAGAAACAGGAAUAUGUUAUGCUUACAGUGAGCAAUAUUACUUCAAUAUGGUUACAAGGCAGUGUGAGAAGUUCGUCUACGGUGGCUGUGGUGGAAAUGUCAACCGCUUCGCCUCGAUCUACAGAUGUGAACAGUUGUGUUCUGCUUUCGUUGUGAAACCCAUCACCACCACCCCCACCACCACCACCAUCUGGGCUCCUACAGUGCCGAAAAAGGUGUGCCACUUGCAGAAAAUAGUGGGUCCGUGCUCCUACCGCACCACUGCAUGGUACCACGACAGUUUGCAAGGUGUGUGCAGCCAGUUCAAGUACAGCGGGUGUGGCGGUAACCAGAAUAACUUCAAGACUAAGGAAGAAUGUGAAAGGGCCUGCAAGCCAGAGAAGGAUCUCUGUGACUUACCCCGAAAUACUGGCAGGUGCCUCAAUGUCACUCGUCGCUGGCAUUUCUCAAAGAAAGAAAACAAAUGCAUAAGAUUCGCAUACACAGGCUGUGGGGGCAACGCCAACAACUUUGAAACAGAAGACGAAUGCCGUAAAGCUUGCAAGGCCCCAGGAGAAUCCGCCAAAGACGUAUGCCAUUUCGCCAAGAAGAUCGGCUCGUGCAAAGGGGCAAUUCCUUCGUGGCAUUAUGAUAUGCCAGUUGGUCAAUGCAGGAAAUUUCUCUAUGGAGGCUGCGAAGGCAACAAGAACAGGUUCACGACAAAAUACGAGUGUGAAGCAAUCUGCAACAAAAAUGACACAUUAUACAGACAAUAUACAGCAAUUGGAGAAGGCAAAGACAUCUUCGCAGACAACCGACACGAUAUACAAGGAUGGGAACUGGUGAUCCACGAUGUUGACUACAAAGAUGUUGGCUUAUACACCUGUCGACGCAACGAUGACAUCACAGACACACCUUUGGAAAGAUAUCAACUAAAUAUCAAAGUGCCAUCCAACAGUGUGACGCCUAAAUUCUCACACUGUAAUACAAGAGACCUCACCUAUCAUUGUGACACCACACUCCCAUCCAAUGCUAAAACCUCGCCUGAUGCUAUGUCGCAAAACAGCCCUAUCCAAUUCUGUGAUGCUACAGCACCUGUAACACAAUCGUUUCAGUUGGUCGUUCAUAGACGAAGGCUAAAAUGGCUAACGAAGAAUUCCAGCACCCAUAGGUUGCUUCUAGACGAAUCAAUUGUAUGGCCAGUGUGGGGAACGAGUGUUCCCGGUUGUCAUGGGCUAAAAGAUGGUUUCUAUGCAGAUGCCUACGACUGCCGGAUAUUCUAUCGAUGUGUAGGAAGCAUUCCGUACCAGUUCAGCUGUCCACCAGGAAUAUAUUUCGAUUCUGGCCUCAACGUGUGCAACUGGCCUCAUGAGGUGCAGAACUGUGAUGAAAAAGGCAGGCGAAUACGUCACGAACCCUCGAACAAACCGAGUUUACCAGAUGCGCACUACAACAACAACGACAACAACAAUAAGAACGAUGGUGGUUGGAGUUUCCAUGGAGAUGACGGAGCUUUCCCUGAGUCACGUCAUUUCGAGAGUUUUGUACCGGAACCCGAAAAGGGACAGGACCCUCAGUAUCCAGGUGCCAAUGAAGGUAACCCGGAGUUUUUCUGUCCCGAAAAGAAUGGCUUCUACCCUCACCAAUACAACUGCAAGCUGUUCUUCCGUUGUAUCGCUGGACGUCCGUUCGAAUUCGAAUGUGCCAGAGGAACCUUUUUCGACCAUUCCAUCAGAGUUUGUAACUAUCCGGGCAGACUCCCAGAAUGUGACACUAACGGCAGGCGAAGGUUUGGAGGUGUUGGCAGUCGACAGAAGGAAGGCGACCCAGGCCCCAGUCGAAGUUCUUCCAUUGAAAAACCUUCCAAAGAUAUUUACGGCUGUCCGAAAAAAUAUGGACUCUUUCCACACCCCAAAGCAUGCACAAAAUUCAUUUAUUGCAACGAAUAUAAAGGAAUGCUUUUUGAAUGCCCCAAAGGACUGACGUUCAAUUAUAACAAGCAGAUUUGUGAUUUCAAUAAAGACUUCAAGUGCUGAAUGUGAAAUGCGAAAAUUUUAUUGUGUUUAGGUUAAUGUUACAAGUGUCUCUGUCUGUUAUCAAUGAAUAUUGAUUGUUGCUGUUGUUAUUAUUAUUAUUAUUAUUAUUUUAUGUUUGACCUUUGCUUUACAUUUGUACAAGUUGGCUCCAAGUCUCACCCAGAGACCUCAAGAGACAAGUUAGAAGUUCAUGUUGGUAUUAUGCCUAGGGUACCAUAUAUUUGGAUUUGUACAUAGUGUUCUUCUAGAAAAUGUUUAAGAAACCAUAAGAAAAUUAUGUGUUUGUUUUAAAAUUUGAGAUUACAUAGACAGAAUUUUACGUAGGAUAUGGGCAGUUCCCAUGAGCAUUAUCUUUUGAAUUACUAUCAUUUUGGUGUUUCCUGAUAUCUGAGCUAGGUAGGCACCAGCCCCUUUUGCUAUCAUUCCUAGGGCACCUAUGACAACAGGUAUUGUUUUAGUCUUCAGGUUCCACAUUUUGCUAAUUUAUAUUUCAAGAUCUUUAUACUUGUUAUUAUUAUUAUUAUUAUUAUUGCUAUUGUUAUUAAGGCAACAAGUGGGCAGAAUCGUUAGUACUAUGGAAGAAAUGCUUUACAGUGUUUCACCUGUCUUUAUGUUCUGAGUUCAAAUUCUGCCGGGGUCGACUUUGCCUUUCAUCCUUUCGGGGUCGAUAAAAUAAGUACCAGCUGAGUACUGGAGCUCAAUGUAAUCGACUACCCCACCCCUCCCCUACCAAAAUUUCAGGCCUUGUGCCUUUAGUAGAAAAGGUUAUUGUUAUUGUCGAUGUCCUUAGAUAUAGCAUGAUACUCAAAGAUUUAGAAUAGACACUUUUAUUUUCUGCAAUUAAAAAGGGGUCACUCACUACAUGUGAUCCCUGAAUAAAUAUCAUACAAAUAAUAAAAGGAAAAUAACAAAUAUU